GGGUGUGUCUCAUAUAACUGUACAGUUUAUUUCCCUUCUCACUGAGUGUGAGUGUGAGUGUGAGAGAGACAGAGCGAGAGAGCAAGAGAUUACUGGUGGACUUUCUGUAAACUGGUUGUGAGGAACUCUGUGUCUGGGAUCAUGAACACUGAAGUCCUUAUUCUGGUGAUGUGGGUUUGCAGUGUGUGGUAUCCACAGCUCGUCACAAGCCAGAGGUGCCGGGAUGGUUAUCAGCUUUCACCGGAAUUUGUCUGUGUUGAUACAGACGAGUGUGAGACUUAUGGUGAUCCAGCGCUCAUUACCGCACUGUGUGGUUCAUACACACUUUGUCACAACGUACCCGGGUCCUACUACUGUACCUGUCAACAAGGCUACGUCAGUCCUUCUGGAACAACUAAUUUCACCCAAAGUACAGAGUGCGAAGAUAUCAAUGAGUGUCAGUCCAGCCCAUGUGGCUCCAACGCAACUUGUCACAACACUGAGGGAGGUUUCCUGUGUGUAUGUGACAAAGGGUUUGUCUCCAGCACCGGAACAGCUUCUUUCAACACCACAAUGAAUUACUGUAAAGAUCGCGACGAGUGUGAAAGCAGCCCAUGUGGCUCCAACGAAACUUGUCACAAUACGGAGGGAAGUUUCCACUGCACGUUUGAUCCAGGUUCUGCCUCCCGCAACAACACAACCAAUCACUCUGAAGAUGUCUCUCAGAUUGGAUUCAUCCUGAUCUGA